AUGGUACAACGUCUGGGUAACGGAAUUAAUAAUAGUCCCGGCGGUAGUGGUGUUGUAAAUAGAUUAUCGAUCAAAGGCGCUGCUGGAAAUCAACAAGCUCGAUAUUCUAUUAAAGGUGAAGGAGGUCCGGCUACCAUCACUGUUAACAAUUUAGCGCCUGGUACAAGUGCAAAUGAUAUUAAGACGGCAUUUAUGGAAUUUGGUGAAAUUUCUACAAUGAACGUAGAUGAAAGAUUUCCUGCUAAUCCUGUAAAGGCUGAAUUAACUUUUGAAAGUAAAGUUUCAGCGCUUGAUGCAAUAAAGAAAUAUAAUACUGCACUUGUUGAUGGCUAUGUUCUUAAAGUUCAAUUAAAGCAGCCAGGCAACAAUUCAAAUACUGCUAAUGGAAAAUUAUAUUCUGAUCAAUUACUUUCUGGUCAAAAAAAUAAACGCAUGGCUGGCAGUAAUAAAAGGAAAUAA